GCUCAAAGAGUUUCAAAGGAGCUCUGUGUGCCUUCAUGUGCGAGGCAAGGGGGUAGGGAGAGUAUAAAAAGGGACUGCCAUCACUUUGACCAUCCUCUCUAAAGACGGCAACCAGAACAGAGAGACAUAGAAGCUCACAAGGACUUCGCCAGGCGUAAAACUAGGCCAUCGGAAUCAUUAGGUGCGCUCACAGGCAAACAUGCCCCCCAAACUGUGGCUUGUUCUUUCACUGUGGCUCGCGCUGCCAAUCUCUGAAGCCGGAAGGCAGAUGCCCAAACUCUCUGACAAGAAACUCUGCGCUGACUCCGACUGCAGCCAUCCCAUCUUGAUAGCACGUGCGCUGCAGGACUACUACCCCGGAGACUGCAGGUUCAUCUCGAUCAGACAGGGGCAGCUCGUCUAUGUCUAUGGAAUGCUGAGGGACAGAGGAAACCUCUUCUGGGCCGGCAUUGUACAAGACUCCUAUUACGGGCAGCAGGAGGCUCGCAUUGGACACUUUCCCAGCAGCAUAGUGGAGGAGACGCAUCUUCUCAUGCCAGCCAGCACCGAAGUCAAGACUACUCGGUGGGACUUCUACUGUAACUGAUGUUCCCUUCCACAUUAAAGAGGACAACAUUGUGGUCAACUACAAGACAAGAUAACCUGCUUUGAGUAACAUAUGAUCUCACAGACAUAGAUGAUAAUAGGUAGGUUUGCUAAAAUAUAAUCUGCAGUGGAGGCAGACACGUGGUCCAAGUCCUUCGGUGGCUUUUCGCUUAUGAUUCUAAGUUGCUGUCAGUAGUCACAAGGUUCCAAAUCAAUGGCUGAAGUCGUCAUUUGAUUUUUGUUUGGCUAUUUUCUGUAGUACUUUAAUGCACUGUUUGUAUUUGUUUGGUAUUAAAAGUAUUUUUCAAUGCGUAAAAGUUAAAUUCUGUGUUAUUUAAACACAAAUACACAAGAAUGAAUACAUUUUAAGUAUACACAACUUCUUCUUUCGCAUGAUGAUUUUGCACCACAAUGAAUACAAAUGAAUUAAAA